AUGCUUGGUGUUGGAGCAAUCUGGCAGCGCUUUCCGUCCCUGUGCCCAUCAAGACAGAAGACUACACACAUCGGUACUGACACAGACACUUGCGAAGAAGAUAGUACCGUUAGUGACGAUGACACAGCAACUACAGGGAGUGAGUGGCUCUAUAUAGAAGAACCGGUGGGGUUCUUCAUGCCGAAAAUACAAAAGCGGAAGCAACAUCUACACCUCGAUCAAGCACAACACAUCCUGCACUACGGUAGAUUCAAGCACGUGAUGCGUCUCCAUAACAUCAGUCUUGUCACUUCCGUGGAGGAGACCGAUGCUUGUGGUGCAUCCAAGUGGUGGAUGACCAUUCAAGACCCAAGUACGCUGCAAGUUUGGGUAAUUCACUUCCCAUCGCGACAUCGACUGCAAGCAUGGACCGACCUGCUAUCUUCAGUUUUUAUUGCUACAAACAGCCGCGCUAUUGUCAGUGACUUAACCAUCGUCGGAGCACAUCAAACGACUCCGAUUACCUAG